AAAGUACGUCACAUCAGUUGGACUCAGGAGGAACCAUUUUGUCCUACAGGUGUCCAAGUUAUUGAUUAUUUCAAGAAAACUCACAGGUCGCUCCUCAUAUCGGCCAAAACGUUCCAAUAUUGUACGCACGUCGAUUGUUCUCCAGUGUUGUGAAAAAAUUGUUGCAGAAUUUUGGGAAGUAGUUCUGAAAAAAUGGCUGGAGCUACCAAUUCAAGAUCAGAAUGGCACUUCUGCGACUCCUUCAUUCUGGAUUUGUAUCAGUGAUAUUUCGAUAGCACAAGGACGGCUCUUUUCAAUAGGUGUAAGACUUCGAUGAAAAAACUUGUGGUACUGACUUCUGAAAAUUAUGGGCACAUAAAUGGUACUGGAUUUGGGGCCCCUCCAUUGGAUGUUCCACCACAUGUACCAAUGAGAGGGGUCAACGUUAUGUUAGGAGGGGUUAUGCUGACCGCAAUGAUCCUGGUGAUUUUCGUAUUGUGUUAUUGCUGCCACAAAUCUAACAGGAAAUCGCAUACUCCAAAUCCCCCCUCAACUUAUUGGCAGGACCCAGGACUAUCAAUGGAAAUUUACACCGUGGAUACACAGAGCUGCUUGGACUUCGAUGAAUACUCGAGCGAAUCGCGCAGACCAUCCACCCCUGGCCCCCCUCCCCCCUACGAGCUAGUGGUUCCAUCUUCGAAAUCUGGAGAACCUCCUAACAUCCUCGACAACGCUGAACCUCCGAGCUAUGAGAAAGCCUGUCAGUCAAGUCAUGACCUGCACAUAUCCGCACAGGGAUAUGUUUGACAGAUAGGGGUGUCAAUCCUAUCUCGGUAUUUUGAUUGAGAUCGAUAUCUUCGAAAUUUGACUGGAAGAUUGUAUCAAUCAGUAUUAAACAAAUAUUCUGGAAAGAUGAAAAUUUCCACACUUAUUUAUUGUACAUGGACAUAAUAUUAAUUGUGUACUUUUAUAAGCAUCAUCAAAAUAUAAAUCGAACAACAAUUUGUAGUAGAUGAAGUUAGAAAGAAUAUAGAUCCACCAUAUAG